GCAUAUCCUCCCAGGAAUGAGCGAAUGAGCUUUCGACAAAAGCUCAGUUCCCGGAAAGCGAAGCUCAAAGCCAAAACAAAGGUCAACUUCAUCAAUCUCACUGAAACUCCGUGAACUUGAGAGCGAAAAGUUAGCAGAAAAAUGAAAUUGGCCCCGCGAGAAAUUGAGAAAUUGAUGCUCCACAAUGCAGGGCAUCUCGCGCAGAAACGUCUUGCUCGCGGUCUGCGCCUCAACUACACUGAAGCUGUUGCACUUAUAGCAUCUCAGGUUUUGGAGUUUGUUCGAGAUGGAGAUAGGAGUGUGGCAGAGUUGAUGAACCUUGGGAGACAAUUGCUUGGAAGGAGACAAGUUCUUCCCCCUGUUCGGCACCUCUUGGAAACUGUUCAGGUUGAGGGGACCUUUCCUGAUGGAACCAAGUUAAUCACCAUCCAUGAUCCUAUUGCGCAUGAGGAUGGGGAUUUGGAGCUAGCAUUAUAUGGUUCUUUUCUUCCUGUUCCUUCUUUAGACAAGUUUCCUAUGGUAGAAGAUGGAAGAAUCCCUGGUGAAUUAUAUUUUGGAGAUGGACUUAUAACACUGAACCCUGGAAGGAAAGCAAUCACUCUCAAAGUUACUAACAUAGGAGAUAGACCAAUUCAGGUAGGCAGCCACUAUAACUUCAUUGAGGUGAACCCAUUCUUGGUGUUUGAUCGACAGAAAGCGCAUGGCAUGAGGUUAAACAUACCUGCAGGAACAGCAGUAAGAUUUGAGCCAGGGGAUUCAAAAAAUGUUACUCUAGUUAGUAUUGAAGGGAAGCAAAUAAUCAGGGGAGGCCAUGGAAUUGCUGAUGGUCAAGUUGGUGCCAGAAUUACAGCUGUGAUGGAAGCUGUACGUGAAAGAAAUUGGCAACAUUUGGAAGAAACAAAUGCCAGUGAAGGUAUCAGUGGACGAGAACCUGCUUUCUCCUUUAGGAUGUCUCAUGAGGAAUAUGCUAAUAUCUAUGGACCCACAACUGGAGACAGAAUUCGACUUGGUGAUACAGACUUAGUUGCUGAAAUUGAACAUGAUUUUUCUCUUUAUGGUGAUGAAUGUGUGUUCGGAGGUGGAAAAGUUCUAAGAGAUGGAAUGGGUCAGGCUUGUGGAUAUCCGGCAGUUGCCUGUUUGGAUACUGUUAUAACAAAUGCUGUAGUCAUUGAUUAUUCAGGAAUUUUUAAGGCUGAUAUUGGAAUUAAAAAUGGUUUAAUUGUUUCCCUGGGGAAAGCAGGGAACCCAGAUAUCAUGAAUGUAUCAAAGGACAUUGUAAUUGGGUUGAAUACAGAGGUUAUUGCUGGUGAAGGGAUGAUUGUAACCGCAGGAGCAAUAGACUGCCAUGUUCACUUCAUCUGCCCUCAAUUGGCUUAUGAGGCAAUAUCCAGUGGGAUCACCACAAUGGUAGGAGGUGGAACAGGACCUGCAGAUGGAACUCGUGCCACUACAUGUACACCAGCACCGUUUCAUAUGAAAUUAAUGUUGCAGUCAACGGAUGAGCUACCUUUAAACUUUGGUUUCACUGGAAAAGGCAAUAGUGCCAAGGAGAUUGGACUGCACAAAAUAAUUGAGGCCGGAGCAAUGGGACUGAAGCUUCAUGAGGACUGGGGAACCACUCCUGCUGCAAUAGAUACUUGUUUAAAGGUUGCUGAUCAAUUCGACAUUCAGGUUAAUAUACACACUGAUACCUUGAAUGAAUCUGGAUUUGUGGAGCACACCAUUUCUGCUUUCAAAGAUAGAACAAUUCAUACCUACCACAGUGAAGGUGCUGGCGGUGGGCAUGCUCCUGAUAUUAUUAAAGUUUGUGGCGUAAAAAAUGUACUCCCAUCAUCAACUAAUCCUACACGUCCCUUCACCUUGAAUACUGUGGAUGAGCAUCUUGACAUGCUGAUGGUCUGCCAUCACCUUGAUAAGGACAUCAAGGAGGAUGUAGCCUUUGCUGAAUCACGGAUUCGGGCUGAAACCAUCGCUGCAGAAGACAUUUUGCAUGAUAUGGGAGCUAUCAGCAUUAUAGCUUCUGAUUCACAGGCCAUGGGACGAAUUGGAGAGGUAAUUUGCAGAACAUGGCAGACUGCCCACAAGAUGAAAUUAUUUAGAGGCCCACUUGACAAAAACCAGCCAUAUAACGACAACUUGAGGAUCAAAAGAUACAUUGCAAAAUACACUAUAAAUCCUGCAAUUGCUAAUGGCUUCUCCAAGCAUGUUGGGUCUCUUGAGGUAGGGAAGUUGGCCGAUCUUGUCAUUUGGAAGCCAUCUUUCUUUGGAUCAAAACCAGAAAUGGUGAUCAAAGGUGGCACAAUAGCAUGGGCAAACAUGGGGGACCCAAAUGCGAGCAUCCCCACUCCUGAACCGGUGAUGAUGAGACCUAUGUUUGGAGCAUUUGGAAAGGCGGGAAGCUCCAAUUCAAUUGCUUUUGUCAGCAAAGAAGCUCUGGAUGAUGGAGUAAAGGAUCGGUAUCGACUGAAGAAGAGAGUGGAGGCUGUGAGUGGUGUAAGGAGGCUCACAAAACUGGACAUGAAACUCAACGAUGCACUUCCUACAAUAUCAGUGUGUCCAGAGACGUACAAGGUGACUGCAGAUGGCACUGAGCUUGCAUGCCCACCUGCUACUACUGUCCCCCUUUCGCGGAAUUACUUCCUUUUCUAGUUCAAGAUAUAAUACCGGAUAAUAUUACUUCUCGGUUAUACAAUUAUUCCAUUUGCUGCUUCCAAAUUCUGAUACUUCUUUGAUUUACGGAAAACACUCAGCCACUACUCAAAGGUACGCUCUGGUGAAACCCGUCUUAUGACCUUAGCCGGUAAAGGACCACAAGGAAUUAGAUUAUCAUACUUCUGAACUUUCUUUCUUGGGGUUUAGUUACCAUUCUUACUUUUUCUUUCUUGACAAAAUUAGGACACAUGAUAAAAAGUUCUAUUCUUUUGGAAUCUAUUAGGUAAUGUAACAUUCCUUGAAAAUUCCACAUAAUCUAAGAAUGCCAGGGCAAUGUGAUUUUCAUGAAUGUUUGAAGAAAAAAAUGAAGAGGAAUUAUUACA